CAGGGUUAUACACGAAAAGAAAGCUUCGAGAUUUUGAAAAAUCUCAUUAGGGUUUUGUUUGGGAGGAAUUCUCGCCAUGGAGCCAAAUCGAUUGACGAACAGCAAAGAGAGGAUUUUGAGAAGGAAAGAGGUACUAGAGAAGAAAAAGGCUAUCGAUGAUAUCAUAAAAGCGGCUUCAGCUGUAAAAGAUCAAUUAGCUUCUUUUCUACCUUUUCGCCAAUACGAUAGACAUGGUCUGUCAUUGUAUUUGGAUUCGGGAUUUGGGGAGCAUUUAACUUCAUCUUUGAAGAAAUACAUUAAAAUUCUUCUAAAGGUCAAUAUGGAGGGUCCAUAUGGUUCAGAGUGGCCUGUGGAAGAGAAGAUAAAACGCAGAGAAAUGGUUGCACCUCAAGCACGUUAUAUAUUUGUGAGAUCAUCAUCUCCAAAUGCAACUCUAAAUGAUAAACUUGACAACAAUGAGGAGAAAGUGAUUUCUGGUCAUUGGAUAGGUGAUGGAGAUCCUGUUGUUGCCUUUGUGCAUUAUCGUUUUGUUAUCGAGGAAGAAGUACCCGUUCUUUAUGUAUUCGAACUGCAGCUUGAGUCUUUGGUACAAAGGAAAGGAUUAGGAAAGUUUCUAAUGCAACUGCUUGAACUAAUUGCUCACAAGAAUCGCAUGGGAGCUGUGAUCUUGACAGUACAGAAGGCAAAUACAUCAGCUUUCGAUUUUUAUAUCAACAAGCUUAGGUAUAGCAUUUCUUCUAUUUCACCAUCCCGAGUUAAUCCAUUGAUCGGAGCUGAGGCAAGCUAUGAGAUUCUAUGCAAAACAUUUGAUGCGGAAGCUAAAGCCAAGCUCGAAGAGUGAAUACAUCCCGGUGAAUUACUAUGUACAUCUUUCUCCAUGCACAAAAAUACAAUACAUGAGUAAUCUACAUUCUCAUACGGAAUACACACAGUACUCUACAUUCUCAUACGGUGGUUGCGACGAUUGCAGAUGAGUGAACAAGGACAAGAAGCUGUAUUGCUUAUUAGUUAAAGCGUGUGAAAAAGAUAAGAAAAAUAGUGUGAAUCAUUCUCUACUAACAUAUAAAAGAAACUUGGAGGAAGGAAUCUAAGCAAAGUUUGUUG